AUGGACCAAUAUUAUCAGCUCAGCAAACGCUAUGGCCCUUCGGUUCGGGUCGGUCCAAAUACCGUCAUCACUUUCAUCCGAAAGAUGUCUGCUGUGCAGUCACCAUGUCGCAGGAGCAUGAACUACUAUGCAAUGCGCCUGAACCCUGGAAAAGAUCACUUGUUUUCGACAAGAAAUGAAGUCGCGCAUAAUGACCUACGCAAAACAAUGACGGCCCACUACUCCGGUAAGGAGAAUUUGUCGCUGGAGAACGAUGUCGAUGAAUCAAUUCUUGAACUAUGUCAUUUAAUCGACAACAAGUACUCUUCUACAGCCGGCAACAUCAAACCAAUGCAUCUAGCGAGGAAGAUCAGCUUCAUGGUCUUGGACAUCAUCAGUAAAGUGGCCUUCGACGCCAAAUUCUACGACCUUACGGACGACAGAGACAAUCACGGACAUAUCGCCGAGAUUGAGAAUCUGCUUCCAAGUAUCACCUGGAUUGCCCCCGUAGCAGGGCUCGUCAAGUUUUUGACUGACAUCGGUCUCUUGCAAAUGGCCGCAAGAUUUGCAGGUGGACGAGCGGGUGUCGAGAAGAAGCGAUUUCAGCCUGACGGGCGCCCGAAAGACGAGAUGAGGUCUGAUAUGUUGGGCAGCUUUAUUCGUCAUGGACUGUCUCAUGAACGAGCGAAAGAAGAGGCUAUCCUGAAUCUGACUGCUGGCUCUGACACGACAGCGAGCACCAUUCGUGCAACAAUGCUGAAUAUCAUGGCGUCGCCUCGACUUUAUAGACUGCUGACAGCCGAGAUUGACGAUGCAGUCGCACGCGGAGCACUGCCUCCAGAAGGUAAAAUCGUUUCCGCAAACCAGGCUCACGAGCUUCUUCCUCUCUUGCAGGCUACGAUCAAGGAAGGCCUGCGUUGGUACCCUGCGGUGGCUGCUGAGCUGUCGAAGUUGACGCCUCCACAAGGUGACACGAUAUGCGGCUACUAUGUCCCUGGAGGAACCAAGGUCGGAACUUCUAUGAAGGUACUUUAUCGUAACGAAGAGCUUUAUGGUCCGGAUGCGGAGGCCUUCCGACCGGAGAGAUGGCUGCUCUCUUCUGAAUCCAGAAGCCCUGGCACCUUGGAACCGUUCUGGGACACUCGUACAUCCGCCAUGACUUUGAACGCAAAAGGCUGCCUGGCUUUUCCCCCCAGAACUUGUUCCACACACGAAUGGUUUUUUGACAUCGCACGCCAGUGCAGCGAUGAUACAUACAUACACUCGUCAAUAUCGACGACCGACCGACCGCACACCUCGAAUAUUUCUGGUCUCCCGUCUUCGAACCCUCUAAAGUCUGUCGAUUCCGAUUUUUUUUUUCUUUUUCAAAAAACUUGGUACUUAAAGCCACUGCGUCCCCGAUCUCCUCAGCCAGCUUAG